CAUUUCGUUUUAUAUGAUUCCCCCGAAAUUUGAGAAACGAAACCAAAUGAAAGAACCAAACUUUAGACUCUCUAAUUAUUCUGUUUCGCUUCCCUAAUUCUGUUCUGAAAAACCCAACUUUCUUCUUCCCCCAAUCACUCUCUGCAAUCAAGCCCACUACAGAAACGCGCCCCUAAUGAUACUUGUUGCUGCACUGCUCUACUAAAUGGGGGAGUCAUCGUUUUUUGACACAAUGAUCAGUCAUCUACGUUCAACAUCCAAGUAUUAUACUGGUUAUCCAAAGGAUCUUGGGCCAUCAAGGGUUAUCCAUUUUACAUCAGAACGUGAAUUUGUUCAGCUCCUUCAUGAAGGUUAUCCUGUGGUUGUGGCAUUCACCAUCAGGUGUAAUCUUACAAAACAUCUUGACAAAGUAUUAGAGGAAGCUGCAGCUGAGUUUUAUCCACAUGUGAAAUUUAUGCGUGUUGAGUGUCCAAAAUAUCCUGGUUUCUGUAUUACACGGCAGAAGAAGGAAUAUCCAUUUAUAGAAGUAUUUCAUAGUCCAGAACAAACAUCUAGCCAGGGAAGGGUUGCUGAUCCAAAUAUUACAAAGUACUCGGUGAAGGUUCUACCUUUCCAUAACGACACAAGUGCCUAUGGAUUUAGAGAAUUCUUCAGGCGUAAUGGAAUACGAUCAUCAAAUCCACAGUAAACCUCUGGUGAGGAUUGAGUUCAUGCUAAUGUGUUAAAUAACUUUUGAUUAAUGGUUGAUUGGAUGAUGCUCAUGUAUUAUGAAAAAGAAAAACUGGGCACAUAUGCAACAUAUUGAGAACAAAGGAUUAAGUUCUACUGGUUUGUUUCAUUUUGACCUGAAAGCUGUAUUAUUUUAUGUUUUAACAGCUGUCAUUUUUAUCAGAUCUUGCAUUGGAAGUA